UCUGGCUGUAUGGUGACAGAGGAAGGCUGUCAUUAUCUGUCUUCAGCUCUGAAUUCAAACCCGUCACACCUGAGGGAGCUGGAUCUGAGCUACAAUCACCCAGGACAAGCAGGAGUCCAGCUGCUUUCUGACAAACUGAAGGAUCCAAACUGCUCACUGAAAAUACUCAAUUUGGACCAUGGAGAGCCUUUCUGGAUCCAACCAGGGCUACAGAAAUAUUUCUGUGAUCUCACACUGGAUCCAAACACAGCAAACACUCAACUCAUUCUGUCUGAGAACGGAGAGGUGAAAUAUGUGGAACAGCAGCAGCCGUAUCCUGAUCUUCCAGAGAGAUUUAAAGAUAUUCCUCAGGUUCUGUGUCGAGAGAGUCUGACUGGACGCCAUUACUGGGAGGUUGAGCGGACUGGCUGGGCUCGUAUAGCAGUGGCCUACAAAACAAUCAGCAGGAAAGAAGGGACUGUUAAUAAGUUUGGAUACAAUAACAAGUCCUGGUGUCUUUUCUGCACUGUUGAUGGAUUUGUUGUCUGGCACAACAAUGUGAGCAACAACAUUCCUGCUCCUUCACGCUCCUCUAAAAGAGUAGGAGUUUAUCUGGACUGGCCGGCCGGCACUCUGUCCUUCUACAGCAUCUCUGACACACACACACUCACACACUUACACACAUGCAGCACCAAUUUCACUGAACCCCUCUAUGCUGGAUUUAAGGUUUUUGAUUCCUCACUCUCACUAUGUAAGAUUACACAAAAGACAAACAACUGACUUCUACUUCUGUCCUAAUCAUAGCCAUAUGUCUAUUUAUGAAAAGAUUUAAUGUAUGAAGUAUAUAAUAUAUAAAUUUAACAACAGAAAUAGUAAAUGCAUGUUGUACCUUCAAAUGUUGUUAAACACCAGUGUGUAAAAUUACAAUGUAUAUUCAGUCCCACUUUAUAUUAGAUGACUUUGACUACUACUUAUGCCAAAAAAAAGCACUUAUUGUUUUGAUGUUGUAUUUUAAAACACUGUUUCUGCUAUUGAUGUGGGAUACGGGUGAGGUUAGGACAGGUUUUGUGGUGUGGUUAAGUUUGAGUGUGGGUUAAGGGAGAGGGAGAGGGUCAACAGUGUAAUUAUAGUCGUAACUACAGAAAUUAGUAACAGAAGUAAUAUUUAUGAUUUAUAAGAGAGCAUAUUUAAGAGAGGAAACAUACAUUUGUGUUGUACGUCAUUGCUGUUUUUUUUUUUUGUUUUUUUUUCCACAUUUCUUCCUACACGUAUAUAACAUAUAUGUACUGCAGUCAUUUCAAUCAUUUUUGUGUUAUUUUGCUGUUACUGUUUUUUCCUAACUGUUUGUUGAGUGCUGUGUUACCUUAGAGUAAAUUAGAGAUAAGAGAAAGAGAGAGUCUCCAUUUCAAGGAUUUAUCAUCACAUGAUGUUGUUGUGAAGCAGUAAUUUUUGUUUUGGUAUAAUAACACUUGUUGAAUUUGUGUUGGUCAGAUAAUGUCUAACUGAACAUAGAAACUAAGAUUAUUCAAUAAACUCUAAUCAUUUUUACUAUCA